UGGUGCUGCAAGAUGGCGGCGCCCGCUGGUCGCUGCUUGUGGAGAGCACUGGCCCCGCGUCGCGGGUGGAUUUUCCCCGGGCUCGACCAGCGCCUCGCCGCCGCCCCCGCCUUGGUGAGCCUCACGCCGCCCGCCCGGCCCUAUGCUGCGGCAGCGAAAACUGCAAAAAAAGGUUCACGUAAGACCAAGCAGGAAGAAACAAAAAAGAAAAAAGUAACUAGGAGGUGGCCGCUUAUGAGCAAGCCCGUGGAUGAUGUAUACUUGACAUGGUAUUAUGAGCGGCCAUCCUAUGAUGUGGAAGAGGCUUUGGGUAUGCUAAAGAAAUUUCAGGAACUGGACUUCACUAACCCCAAACAGUAUGUCUAUAUUAACGUAUCCCUAGAUAUGGCACUACAGAAGAAGAAAAAAGUGGAUCCAUUUGCCAGCACUGUUCUUCUUCCGUAUCGCUUUACAGAUGAAAUGAAUAAGGUCUUGGUUUUCACAGAGGAUGAGCAAGAAGCUGAAAUAGCUCGAGAGAAUGGAGCUGCUGUUGUGGGAGGUGUUGAAUUAAUCAAAUGGAUUUUGGAAGAUGAAAUCCAAGUGGACUUCUAUGUAGCUGUUCCUGCAAUAAUGCCUAAGCUAAUACCGUUAAGGAGCAAACUAAAACGAAAAUACCCAAGCACAAAAAAAAAUUCCAUGGGCCAUGAUAUUCCUAAAAUGCUGCAACUCUUCAGAGAAGGUCUUGAGUACAUGGUAGAAGGCGAGCGUCUAAUCAAGACAAGAAUAGCAAGACUGGAUAUGCCUACUGAGCAGAUAGUUGCCAAUCUAAAAACAGUUAUCCAUGAUAUCUGCACGUUCAAGCCAUUGACUUACGGUCCUUUUGUACAGAAGUUGGUUAUUAGAUCUUCAACCAGUGAAGGUUUGCUAUUGAACCUUGAUGGACUCCUACCUCAGGUGGAAAAAGUAGAAGAAAAAAAUGCGGAGGAUGAUGAAGAAAAACAUGUCCAAGAACCUGUUAGUACCUGAUGUCUUUCCUUGUGGAUCUGAUGAUCAGCCUUGGAAAGCAAAUAGUGUAAUUCAAAUCAUACUUUAUGA